AUGGAUAAGUAUAAAAGAAUAAAAAUGAUUGGAAAGGGUAAUUUUGGUGAUGUUUGGCUAGUUGAAGACAAUAAAGGAUAGGUAUAGGAUUGAGAAAACAAAAGAAAUUUGCCCUCAAGUUAAUCGAUUUGUAAUUUUAGAGUGUUGAUCCAACAAAUGAAGUUACAUUGUUAAAAGUUUUGAAACAUCCAAAUAUAAUAAAAUACUAUAAUUCAUUUGUUUAGAUUGAUUAAUUAUGCAUUUUAAUGGAAUUUGCAGAAAAUUGUAUUUCAAAAAAAAUAUGUAAAAAAUAGAUGAUUUGUAAAUAUAUACAAAAAGUAAUCCAUCAAACAUAUUAAAUUGGUUUACAUAAUUAUGUUAAGCAGUAUAAUACUUACAUUAAAUGAAUAUUGUACAUAAGGACAUAAAACUGAAAAAUGUAUUUUUAACAAAGGAUGGAAUAGUAAAUAUAAUAAAUAGAAUUAUAGAUAAAAUUGGGUGAUUUUAGUAUUUCUAAAAAGUUAGAUACCUCUUUAAAUCUAACUUAAUUAGGUAUAAAAUAUUGAUUAUAAUAAUAGGUACUCCUUAUUAUUUAUCACCUGAGAUUUGUGAGUCUAAACCAUAUAAUACAAAAAGUGAUAUAUGGUAAUUAGGAUGUUUUCUUUAUGAAUUAUGUACUAAAAAGAAACCUUUUUAAGGAGAUUCUUUACCUGAAGUUUUUAAUAAUAUUAUUGGAAGUUAAACUCCAAUAUUACCUGAAGGAUUUCCAUAGUUUUAUUAAGAUAUUAUAAAUUAAUGUUUAUAAAAGAAUCCUUAUGAUAGACCAGAAAUCUAAUCAAUUUUAGAAAUAACUGAAAUUAAAAAAGAAAGAAUCAAGUUUUCUUAAUUAUAUAAAUAAAGAUUGAUAGGAAUGCUUAAAUAAACAGAUAAUACAUAAUCUGAAUCUAUUUAAAAUAAUACUAAAUAAAUGCAUAAACCUAUAUUUACUCCUUAAAAUAAAUCGUAAUCUUUAUUAUUUAAAAAUCUAUUCUCAGAAUCAAUACAAUCGAACAUUAAAAAACCUAUGACAAAGAAAAUCAUUUCUAUUGAUACUGAUUUAAUUGAGAAAGAUAAUAAAUAAUAAUAAUCGAAUGAACCCCAAACUUAAUUUGUUAAAUAAUUAUUCAAUCCUAAAACACCUACAUCUCCAAAUAGAAAUCUAUUAUUGGCUGAUUUUUUAAAGAAAAAACUUGGAGAGUCUAAGUUUUAAGAUGUUCGUUAAAUUUUAGAAGAAUCUUAAAAUCCAAUUCUAUUAUUAGAUUAAAACGAAAUAAUGGCAAAUUUAAUGGGAGAAGAAAAUUUAGAAUGUGUAAAGGUAUUUAUAUAUUUUAAUUCUAAUUCAAUAGAUAUUUAAAAUACUUAUAAGUAAUUGUACAACUCUACCAGGUAAUCAUUUUAGAUAAAUGAAUAAUUAUUAGUUUUUAAGAGAUAAAGUUAGUUCCUAAACAGAUUUAGAUUAAAAUUUAAAAACUAAUAAUUUUUGA